AUGCCGGAUCACUCAACCGAGCGCCUGUCCACCGACAGGACGGAGACGGGCUCUGGAGUCGUCUCGCCGCACGAAGCCCUGGAGAAGCAGCGCGAUCACGACCAUGGCCAUGACCACGACCAUGACGCCGAGCACGUCGACGAGAAGCAGCGCGACGCCGCUGCCGUAACGCCAAACGACGAUCCCGCCGCCAACUACCCCAAGGGCCUGACCCUCAUCCUCAUCAUCACCGCCCUCUGCCUGGCCGUGUUCCUCGUCGCCCUCGACCAGACCAUCAUCGCGCCCGCCCUGGGCGCAAUCACUGCCCAGUUUCAGAGUGUCAAGGACAUUGGUUGGUAUGGCUCGGCCUACCUCUUGACCACGACGGCGCUGCAGCCCAUGUACGGCGCCGUCUACAAGCUCUUCAACGUCAAGCUCGUCUACCUCUUCGCCGUCUUCAUCUUCGAAGUCGGCAGUCUCGUCUGCGCCGUCGCCCCCACGUCGACCGCCUUCAUCGUCGGCCGCGCCAUCGCUGGUAUCGGCACCGCCGGCCUCUUCUCUGGCUCCAUCGUCAUCCUCUCCCUCUCCAUGCCCCUCAACAGGCGCCCGCUGGCCUUCGGUCUCAUCGGCGGCAUGUGGGGCAUUGCCUCCGUCGCCGGCCCCCUGCUCGGCGGCGCCUUCACUGAGAACGUCACCUGGCGCUGGUGCUUCUACAUCAACCUGCCCAUCGGAGGCCUGGCCAUGCUCAUCGUCUUCUUCUUUGUCCACGUCAACCGCAACACGGCCAGCUCCGAAGGCCAGACCAUCAAGGCCCGCAUCAUGCAGCUUGAUCUGUCCGGCACCGCCAUCUUCAUCCCCGCCAUCAUCUGCCUGCUCCUCGCCCUGCAGUGGGGUGGCGCCGACUACCCCUGGAACAGUGCCAAGAUCAUCGGCCUCUUCGUUGGCUUUGGUCUCAUGAUUGCCAUCUUCAUCGGCAUCCAGUUCUGGCAGGGCGACAACGGCACACUGCCCCCGCGCCUGUUCAAGAACCGCAACGUCCUCUUCUCCAUGUUGUUUGCCUUCUUCUUCGGCGCCGGCUUCUUCCCCCUCAUAUACUACCUCUCCCUGUACUUCCAGGCCAUCCAGGGCGUCAGCGCCGUCCAGGCCGGCAUCAAGAUUCUCCCCCUGCUCCUCGCCACUGUCAUCAUCUCCAUUGUGUCAGGCGGCCUCAUCACCGCCAUUGGGUACUACAACUUUGUCAUCAUCCCCUGCAUGAUCCUCUUUACCGUCGGCUCCGGCAUGAUCACCACCUUUGACGUCGACACCCCGCUCCGCGAGUGGUUCGGCUACCAGGUCCUGACGGGUCUCGGCAUUGGUGCCGGCUUCCAAAUCGGUGUCCUCGUCGUGCAGACCGUGCUGCCCCAGGAAAUGGUUCCCGUCGGCACCGCUUGCGUCCAGUUCUUCCAGGCCCUCGGCGGUGCGAUUUUCGUCGCUGUCGCUCAGACUCUCUUCCAGAACGGUCUCAUCGACACCAUCAACGAGGAGAACAUCGGCAUCGAUGGAAAGGUCUUCAUCAACAGCGGCGCUUCCGAGAUCAAGCACGUUCUCGAGCGCAUGGGCCGCGUCGAUGCUUUCGACGCGGUGCUCAAGGCGUACAUGAAGGGCCUGCGCCACACCUACUACAUCUCCGUGGCCUGCGCGGCUCUGGCCCUUCUGAUGUGUCUCGGCCUGGAGUGGAGGUCCGUCAAGCACGGGCCUGAUGGCAAGAAGAAGGAGGCUCCUGCGGCUGUGGCCGUCUAG